GAAUCAACAUCAACUACAGAUGAAGAGACAGACUCAAAAUCAAAUACAGAUGAAGAGACAGACCCACAGUACAUAGAUCAGUGGAAGAGAGAAGUCAGAAGUCAUGUCCAAAGUUUGGACAGCUCUCACAUGUCAGCAAGUCAGUGUGACUCUGAUGGUAGUAAAAAAUCAAAGAAGGAUGAUUCGGUUAAGAAACACAAACAAUCUUCAAAACAGAAAAAACGUUCCUCUUUGAAGUAUGGUGAAAGCUCAAGAGUAGCUAACAAACUUUUUCAUGUAAGAUUUCAUAAAGGAAAGAAGCGAUUUUCAUGUAAAGGAUGUGAUAAAGGUUUUAGUUUUUUAUCUAAUCUCAAAAAACAUAUUAGAACUCAUACAAGGGAGAAGCCUUUUUCUUGUAAAGAAUGUGACAAAAGUUUUAGUCAAGCAUCUAAUCUCCAAAGACACAUGAGAACUCAUACAGGAGAAAAGCCUUUUUCUUGUAAAGAAUGUGACAACAGUUUCAAUCGUAUAACUCAUCUCAAAAGACACAUGAGAACUCAUACAGGCAAAAAACCUUUUCCUUGUAAAGAAUGUGACAAAGGUUUUCGUGAUGUAUCUGAUCUCAAAAGACACAUGAGAACUCACACAGGAGAGAAGCCUUUUUAUUGUAAAGAAUGUGACAAAAGUUUUUGUGAUGGAUCCAAUCUCAAAAGACACAUGAGAACUCAUACAGGAGAAAAGCCUUUUUCUUGUAAAGAAUGUGACAAAAGUUUUAGUGCUGUAUCCAAUCUCAAAAGACAUAUGAGAACUCAUACAGGAGAAAAACAUUUUAAAACAUUUUAACAUAGGAUUUAUUAAAAACUUUAAACUCAGGAAAACUUAGAGCAGAGAACUUGUGCAGUG